AUGGACGAAACAGAUGUUUCUGUUUCGAACGAAAAUCCCGGCGCUUUCAAGUACACCGGGCAGACGGUGAACGAAGCGUUCGUUGGGAAGGUGACGCAGCUUCUGGUGGGCAACGGAAUCCCCAACUUCCUUUUCGGUGACAUGAUGCUCCGUUUCUUUGGAUGUGAGACUGACGUGCUCAGCAUCAAUCUCUCGAUUCCGGAUGAACUCAUGGACGAGGCGGUCCGAGUCUUGCGUCAGGCAGGGUUCUACGACGGUCCCAUCGAGCCCUUUGAAGUCGAGAAAUCCCAGUGUGUCCAGGAGUUCCAAAUCCGCCAGGAGCAGCAGCCCUUUCUCGCCUGGGGGUGCCGGUACUUCGACGACCACGAGUACCACCGGAAUAUUGGAGCUUGGUGGCUGCCCACGCAUGUGUUCCAUCUCGAUCGAACGCCUGGCAAGCUAGGUCACGUUGAUCUCAACCUCUUCACGCACUCGCACUACUUCUGGGACCUACCGGCUCCUACACUGGCUCCCGAUGAGGAUGCCCGCAGCUCCUACGUUCUGUCCACUGACUGCCGUCUUCCAGAACCGGUCUGCUUUGGUCCCAGUCGCCAUGCGGUCAAGAUGAUCUCACCUGCCCGCCUAGUUGAGGCGCUGAUCCUCCUCGCCUACCGAGAU